AUGAAAAUUAAAAACGUUGUGAAUAAUAACAAUAAUGUGUUUAAUUCUUUUUGUACAGAAUCAGAAGCAAAUAUAUUAAAAAACUUUGUUCACAUUAAUACAUUAAAAGAAAAUAAUAAAAAAAAAAUUUUUUAUAGCUAUUGUAUUGCUGAUGGUUAUAAAUACAAAAUUAUUAUUAAAAAAAAAAAAGAUUAUUUAAAUAAUUUAAAACUUCUUAUUUUAUCAUUGGAUCACCCACACAUAAUUAAAUUAAUUCACUUUUGUGAAUUGGAUUCUUCAUUCAUGUGCGUAUUUGAGUUUUUUACAGAUAUAAAUUUAUAUACAUCUAUAAGUUUUUCUGCAAAAUAUGAUGAAAGAAAAAUAAAAAAAAUAAUAUAUCAGAUUAUUUUAAUUGUUAAUUAUUUACACUCAAAUAAUUUAGCACACAAAAAACUAAGUCCUCAUAGCUUUCUUAUAAAGACUUUAAACAAUGAAGUAAUGAUUAAAUUGGAUGAUGUCUUUAAAAUAAAAACCGUUUCUGCAAAAAGUUUAAACUCAAAGAGAAAAAGUCUAAAUGUCUAUAGUGUUGGUGUAAUAAUGUAUUUUUUGGUGUGUGGAGAAUUCCCAUUUUCAUAUUUUGAAAACGAUGAAAAAAAAAUUUUAUGGAAAAAAAUUUCAUACAAAGGUCUAAAUUUUAUAAAAAAGAUUUUACUUAGUGAUUUCAGUUCAAUGAUUACUAUAAAAGAAGCACUAGAUCACGUAACUCAAAAAAAAAAUAAUUUUUUUCAUCUUGAAUGGUUUAAAGAAGAUAUUAAACAAAAUAUUUACAUAAAUUUUGACAUAUUAAAGAAUAUUUAUGACUUUUGGAAAAAAAAUACAUUUAAACGUUAUAUAUUAAAUAGCAUUGCUAAAUUUAUUAUAAAAGAAGAUAUAUAUAAUUAUAACUAUAUAUUUUUCUAUUUUGAUAUUAUAAAAGAAGGUUCAAUAAAAUAUGAACAAUAUUUCAUAAUAAUGAAAAAAUUAGGUCUAUUAGAUGCAAAUAUAAAAGCAUCGUUCAAUGGAUUAGAUAUUUCGAAAGUUGGUCUAAUACAAUUUAGUAAUAUUAUAGCUAGUCUCCUAAAUAGUUUUAUAAAAAUUGACAAAAAAAUUAUUUUAAAAAUUUUUAAGAAAAUAGACUAUAAUAACGAAGGAAUAAUAACUAAAAGAAAAUUGUAUAAACUUUAUAAUAUAAAAACUAAAAAUGAAAUAAGCUUCAACGAUAAAAAAAAAUAUACAUUUGAGGAAUUCUAUAACUAUAUUUGCAAAUAA